AUGUCCACUCCUUCUCCAGCUAUCGUCUUCACAGAUUGGGACGGAACCGUUACCCUUCAAGACUCCAACGAUUACCUCACCGAUAACCUCGGUAUGGGACUCACCAACAGAUUAAAGAUUAAUGAUGACAUUUUAGACGGUACGGUUACUUUUAGAGAUGGAUUUAGAGAAAUGCUUGAAUCUGUCCCCACCAAAUUUAAUGAGUGUAUUGACAUUCUUUUAAAGGACAUUAGAUUGGAUCCUGGGUUCAAGACUUUCUAUGAUUAUUGUGCUACUAAAGAUAUUCCAGUAGUUGUUGUUUCUUCUGGUAUGAGACCAAUCAUCCAUGCCUUGUUAUGCAAGCUUGUAGGUGAAGAAGCUGCCACUAAGAUUGAGAUCAUUUCCAAUGACGUGGAAGUAGAUCCUGCCACAGGUAAAUGGAACAUUUUAUUCAAGCAUCCAGAAUCUGGAUUUGGCCAUGAUAAAGCUCAAUCAAUUAAACAAUAUCUUCAAGAGAACGGCUCACCAUCCGUCCCAUUGUUCUACUGUGGGGAUGGGGUUUCUGAUUUGAGUGCGGCCAAGGAAACAAACCUUCUUUUCGCCAAACAUGGCCGUGAUCUUAUCAAGUAUUGUAUUAGAGAAAGCAUUCCUUAUACCGAGUUCAAGGACUUUGGUGAUAUUCACUCAAAGCUCGACAACAUCUUACAAGGUGCUAGUGUUGAGGAGUUCUUAGGGAAAUAG